AUGACUACCACUCCUCCCCCAAGAGGGAGGCUUCAAACGCCAUCCGCUCCGCUCCAUGGUGCUGGAUAUGAUACAUACUCCCCUUAUUCCGGCUCACCCCGUCGAUCAAAGCGUUUAGCAACCCAGAAUGAUACAGACAAUUCAGCCCAAGAUUCGGAUACUUUUGGUUUAGAUCUUCAUUCAGACGAGAAAUCUGAUGCUGCUUUGGACGGAAACCCCCACACCCUAGAUUGUGAUUCAGACGACUCUUUGUCCACGCCCAACUCACCUAAGAAAUCGCCCUCAAGCAAUUCCGAUAAACAACACAACUUACUCUCACCUCGCGCUAAAAAUCACGCUAGUGACAUUACAAGUGGCUUUCCUUCGCUUCCAUCCUCCAACAUUUCUUCUGAAGGAACAAACCAUUCGGUCACCAUGACUGCAGGAAUGCUUCCAACCCCAGCUAAGACCCCCCGCAAAAAGAGGGUUCCCAAUCCGGGGCCCGUUGCGCGUACCUUAUUCGCCGAUUCUACCCAAGUCAUGGACUCUGAGCAACCCUCUCAAAAACGCUCCAGAGGCGGGAAAUUCAACGGAUUUUCUCUGGAGAGCUUUCAUUCUGAUCCACAACAGAACUCGGGCUCGAUUGAUAUCUACACGGAUGUUAGGGAUCGUAUCCCUACUCUAAAUCCUUCGGUCGAUAAUCCUUUCAUUAGUCGUCCAGGAGAAACCAAUACUCCCAAAAACGAUGAACCUGGGAAAGCCAAGAGGAGAAAGGUCAGCAAAGAUGAUGACAAUGAGCGCGACUCGGCGGUGGAUGACAUGGUUAAACGCGAUGACGGUGUGCUUUAUGUCUUCCGGGGAAAGAAAAUCUUUCGCAAAUUCAGUCCUGAGCACAUUGACGAGGCUGACGAUAACGAAGACCUCGGUCUUUUGGGCUCCAUGGAUGGCGCUUCUGGCACCUACACCCGUCCUUUGACUCGCUCAUCUAUCAGACCGCGAGUUUUAUUCCCUACAGCGGAGCAGUUGCGUGCUCGUGAAGCGAAAACCAAAGCCAAGGAGACCGCAAGACAGACAAGAAGAGCAGAAACGGAAGAGGACGCUCCUCCUGACGCGAUUAGAACUCCUACAGCCCCGUCAAAGGCGACCCAACUUGCAAUACCUUCUACACCUCUCGCUUCAGGCCGAUCCCUCCGUUCUCAAACCAAGAAAUUAGAACCUGAAAUGACCCCAGACAAUUCAGGCAACCGAAGCGGAAAUAGGUCCAGCCCUUUUGAUCGUUGGACCCGCAUCAAAUCCAAGUCUUCUCCAGCAGCCAAAGGGAAAAAACGGACUUCCAGCUCCAUGGACCGCAACAACCAACCCCAGCGCAAGAAGAUUCAUCAAUCCGAGUGA